CUUCCCGCGGCCUCCCGCCCUCGCGUCACUUCCGGUGUCACCUGUGUGGUUACAGAGAGCCGUAAACAAGGUGUGCAAACUUCUGGAGAGCUGUCGGGAUGCUGCAGAGCGGGGCGGCUGGAGGCCGUGGCUGUGCUCUGUGCCCACUGCUGGGCGUCCUAUUCUUCCAGGGUGUUUACAUCGUCCUUUCCCUGGAGAUUAAAGCAGAUGCCCACGUCUGGGGUUAUGUUGGAGAAAAUAUCAAGUUGAAAUGCACCUUCAAGUCAACCUCAUCUAUCACUGACAAACUCACCAUAGAUUGGACAUAUCGACCUCCAAGCAGCAGUCGCACAGAAUCAAUUUUUCAUUAUCAGUCUUUCCAGUACCCAACCACAGUGGGCACGUUUCGGGAUCGAAUUUCCUGGGUUGGAGAUGUAUACAAAGGGGAUGCGUCCAUAAGCAUAAUCAACCCUACCAUAAAGGACAAUGGGACAUUCAGCUGUGCUGUGAAGAAUCCCCCGGAUGUGUACCAUAAUAUUCCAGGGACAGAGCUAACAGUCACAGAAAGGGGUUUUGGCACGAUGCUCUCCUCCGUGGCCCUUCUUUCCAUUCUUGUCUUCAUUCCCUCAGCUGUGGUGGGUGUGCUGCUGCUGGUGAGAAUGGGGAGGAAGUCUGCAGGCCUGAAGAAGAGGAGCAAGCCUGGCUCUAAGAAGUCAUCUAUUGAGGUUUCAGCUGACACUGACCAGGAGAAGGAUGACUGCAUGGCAAAGCUUUGUGUCUGUUGUGCCGAGUGCCUGGAUUCGGACUAUGAAGAGACAUACUGAUGAAAGUCUGCAUGAUAGAAGAAGAGUCACCUAAUAACAGAAAAUAUCCCAUUCCACUGGCAGCUAAAGCCUCCCAGACAAGUGGAGCUGGCUUGGACAGUAGUGAUGGAGAAUUCUGGAAGCCAUCAGUGAAGACUUUAGGAGCCAUUUAUUUAUUGAAGAAAUGUUCUUUUUGUAUUUAUAAACUUCAAAAACUCUCAGAAGAAACUCGUAACUACCCCUUUUAAUAACUUAUACUCUAAUUGAAUGAAGGAAUUCUUUUCCUAAGUAGAAAGAUACUUUUUGUUUUGCCUUUGGUCUUGAAUGUAUUACAUGUUUUCUUCCAAUUUUUUGAGGGAGAAUCCUAGAUGUUGGCCACACUGCUGAUGCCAAAAUAUGUACAUAUAUUUAAUGAAAUGGAGCUUGGAGCUUCCUGAUGUGCUCCCAGGCAAAAUGUUUGUCUGGGAUAGCUAUUCUUUGUUUUUUGCUCCAUGAACAUUUUCAGCUGUGAGUUAGCAUACAGCAUAUACUCGUUGGUUUAAUUAUCUCAUCAUCAAUUGUGUUUGGGAGGCUUGGAGUGCAUAACCCCAGUUUUUUUUUAGAGUUGGUAGGCUCGGGAGUCAGUGGUUUACUUUGGGUUUUUAAAGUGUUCAAGAGCCUUCAGUUUACAAUUAAGGAAAUAAAUGAUGAGAUAGAGGGAUUUCUUUCUUUUGUCUUACUAGGUGCAAUUUGUUAUUUUACUUUCUUACAGCUGACUGAUUUAUGAUUUCCUUCUUGACUUUUCAGAUCAGAGGCAAGAAAAACCCUUCAAAAGGUUUUUAGUGGGGCUAAGUAGACUAUUUUACCAGUAAUUUGCAAUGAAAUCAUCUUUUAACCUAUGCUGUUCUUCAAAAGUUGUUUGAUUUCUAAAAUGCGGAAAAUAUGAGCAAACUAAUGUAUUUACAAACUGUUUUUGCAUAAUAUUUGAGAUAAGGAAGUGAGGGUGUGAAUAACCUAUACUUCCUCCUUUUGUUCUCUUGAUACCUUCUAUUAGCUUCCUCCAUUCUACUGCAGCAACAUAUUUCAAAUUUUAAUUUACAUGGGAUUUUCUGUAAGCCAUUAAGAAAUAUGUAUGAGCAACAACUACUGAGCCUGUGCGCCACAACUACUGAGCCCACGUGCCUAGAUCCCGUGCUCCACAACAAGAGAAGCCACCGCAUUGAGAAGCCCGUGCACUGCAAUGAAGAGUGGCCCCUGCUCGCCGGAACUAGAGAAAGCCUGCGCGCAGCAACGAAGACCCGAUGCAGCCAAAAAUAAAAAUAAAUAAAAAAAAAUAUGUAUGACAUAUCAGGAAGGGUUGACUGUGCAGUCCUCUGUAAUAGAGGGAUAGAGUUCACUUCUUAAUUAUGAGAGACAAAAAUUAUCCUCUCUUCCCAUCUUUGAUUUUUUAACAGAUUAGCCCGUUUCCAUGAUAUUUUGCUCGGUGGCUCAGGAGGUUUCCAUAUUAUAGCAUAAUACACUGUAUGCUGUACAAAAAUCACUUUUAUAUUUUUUUGCUAAGAUCUGUUUUUAAAAAUUUGGGUUAUUAGUUCUCAUAGAUUUGGCCUGGCCUCUUUUGUUAGUCUAGUCCAUCAAUCAGAGAGUCUGAUUAGUUUAUAGAUGUUAUGAUUUACCUCUGGUCAUAUAAAGAAGAAGAGGCAAAGGUAAGAUUGGCAGUCUACAUUUCCAGUGGUUAAAUCUCACAGUCUUGGGCUACUUGUUAAGUAUGUGGAUGUCUAGGGCCAACCUAGUGAGACAAUCUGACACCUCAACACAGAGAGGAAAACAAUUUGAGCAAUGAAAGUAAAUAAUUUGGGCUCUAGGACAUUUGAAGAUAGAGAUAUAGCUGUGAGGUAGAGUUUUUGUGGGUCCUCAUUUCUUUGAGAAGGAGAUGAUGUUAUAGGAACCCAGGUAAAAUCACAUCCCAUUGAAUAAAGAAACAGUUUUGGCUGAGUUAUCUUGUAAUUUCUUUUCAGGCAUGUUAUGAGGAUUAAUCCAGUGGGAUAUGUUUAUCACAGUCUUAGGGCUGCUAUCAGUUUCCUUCUUCAGUCCUUAUAUUGAGGUCUGGGUUACAGCUUUUUUUCUUCAAAGGAGCACAAAGCAGUGUUGGGACACAUGCCUUUUAAGGAUGGAAGGAAGAUUAAGUUUUUUCUUUUUUUAACUUACUGUUUUAAUAUCUUCUAAGGUGCUAUUCUCUCUGUUUUUCUUUUUGCUGCUCCAUGAGUUCUUAUCACAUUGUAUGGAGACCAGCCUUGUCUAGAAAGGGAAUUGAAUUCUGAAAGCUUCAGAGGUGCUUAAAAGCCUUUCAGAAUUUUUCUUUGCCUGCUGAAGUCUUUACUUGUGGUUACAUUACCUUAUGAGUUUUGUCCAUUGAGCUCUUAAUUCUGUUACCAAAUGUGAACUUAUAAAAUGCUUUGUGUUUCCCAUGUGGCCUGUUACCUCAAGCUUGGGGGCUUGGGGGCACAUUCUCUACAGCUCUCAAACUGGACUCUGGUGCUUCAUGAGGGGAUGUUGCAUGUCCUUGUUUAGAAAAAAUUCUGGCGGCCAAAUUCUGAAUCUGAAUAUUCUUGUGUGUCACUCAGUUAUGUUUCCAAAGGGGACCUGUAAGAAGACAUGGACCAAGACUCUCAUUUAAUUGCACAAUUUACAACUUUGCUGCAAGACGAGGCAGCUCCAACCCUUUGACUCCAAUGUUGGACUGUUAACUGCUACAUUUCACUGUGUUUUUUGUUUGUUUGUUUUUGUAGGAGGGUAUGCACUAUUGGGUCAUGCACACAGACGUGUAACUCUUGAGAUCUUUACCACGUCAUAGUUAAUAAACUUCUUUGCACUUUCUGG